AUGUCUCUCCUUCACAAUGAAGAUUUCACUAUCUGGCAACUACGAUCCUCAUACUUGUCCACAAUCAAAGAUGGAAUUGGCGACCGCCUGAUAAACGUAAAUGAUUCCGUCCUCAACACUCCGGGAUUCCGCGCCGCCGGCUGGUCGACAGUUUCCACUACCAACAACUCCAGCAGCGCAUCUUCCCUCAAACGCACCUACUCACCGCCGAUUCCCACAACAACAGCAGUGUCCUCGGAAUACUAUCGACUCGCCGUCAGAGAUGCCAAUGCCGCGCGGGAUGACAUUCAAGGGCUGGGUCUAGAGGAGGGCGAGGAUGAAGAAGGUGGAAUGGUCACAGGGAAGAGCAAUAUGGAUAUGAUAAGUCGGCGGCAUCAUGACAGAGCUGCGAAGAAGAAACUUCGACGUGAACGUGAUCGCCAGACCGAGGCCCAGCGCCAAGCGGAAGCGGAAGAUGAAGACAGCAGUGAUUUGAGCGAUAGUGACGACGAGGGAGAUAAUCUUCGAAGAUCUACCGACCAGAUUGAUUUCCCCAAGGUACCUAUUCGUCGUGACCGAUCCGAUUCCUCUCCAAUGCGCUCGUCAGAACAGAAUGAGCGACCAGAACUCAUGAUAACAUCACCCUCAACACAAAAUCUCGCAAACCAUUAUCGAGCAGGAUCUCUGGGGAUAUCCCUCAAAGGCACCGAGCGAAGACCACGACGGGAUACUACCACAAGCAGUGAUCUAUCCACCGAUAACGAGGUAGACACACAACCGUGUAGGCCAGGUCAAGUGCAAUUCUCGAAUACCAAUGAAGUUUUUGAACGGCCUCGGAGGAGACGCGAGAGAACCGGCAGUCGUGGUGCUGAGAGUAUAGCUCUUGAAGACUUGCAAGAGCAGGACGAGGACUCCGGAGUGGAGUCAGUCGGCUCGGCUCUAUCCUCUGAAUUUGAUGCUACAGCCGGAUCUGGCUCACUUCUACUGGCUGGUGUGGGCCUCAACGGUAGCUUGAACUCGUCCUCUCCCGUUGCUCUCAUGCAUCAACUGCCGUCGAACACCGGGCCUCAAAAUGGCUCCCCACGAAAGUCGAAGCCCGCGCCAACUCCUGAAUUAUCAGAUCUCCCACCUCCACGACCCAUCAGCACCAUCCAACCGGUUAGUCUGUUGACUAAACAGCUCAAAACCAGGAACCGAGCACCAAGCAAUCCAGUUGAAAAGUUCAUGGUACUUUCAGGAUCUGGGCAAGGAGACCCCUUAUACCUAAAAAUCUACCUUCCAUUUUCGUCUGAUCCAGAGGAGCCUCUCGAUCUACCGCUCAUGAGAGAAUCUAAGCUUUCAGAUCAUCCCGCAGCGGUCACUGUUGCCGAAGCAAUUGGUCUAGCCCUUUGGAAAUAUUCUGCAGAUUCACGCACUCCAACAUUGGAGCGCGAGAAGCUUACCGUGAACCACUGGACAUUGCGAAUGGUUGAUGAUGGCGAGGUAGAGUAUGAUUUCCCGGCACUCGGGCGUGUGGUUCCAAUGACCGACUUCACCUCAAACAAUAAUCAAGCGGCGAAGGCGCGGGGGCGUUCACGAGGGAAACCAUACGAUGAGUUUGCACUGGUGGAAGCCUCGAAGAGCGAGUUUGAAGAAAACGAAAGACUUUAUCCUCAGUAUAGCCAAGCUGUGACAGCAGAGGAAUCUGAGCCACAGGCGGCGAAUCUUGCAGUGCCAGGCGCCCAGCCUUCACCACAGAUCAAAUUGCCAAUUGGACGCCAGAAUCCAAUCCUUCAACCAUUUUCAUCUGCUCUUAAUGACAACACCUUGACCCCUGCUGAUCGACCUGCGGUCCCCAUAUCUCAUGCAACACCUCGCAUUGGGGUCUCCAAGACUCUAAAGAUCCGUUUCUUGAACAUUGAGGGUUCCGCGCAUGUCAUGACUCUCAACACCUCUGCUGAUAGUUACAUUGCGGAGAUAUUGGAUUCCGUAUGUAAACGUUGGGGCUUGGAUAAAGGCAAUUAUCUUCUCAAGGUCAUGGGGUCGAAUACAGUUGCCCCGCUUGAUCGGACUGUUGAAGCCCUAGGACACAUUACGGAACUCGAUCUUGUCAGGCGGCGUUUUGGGGCAGGCCCUCUUUCUCUUGGCGGAUCACCAGGAAGCUCGUCGCCGAAUGCACCUCUUCAAGUGGACAACACUACCUCAAACCCCGCUACUGUCAAGAAAGGCAAAAAAGGUGCCAAUACGUUACCGUCAUCCUCUCAGAAGCAAGAUCUUAUUGGAGGCUACUAUCGCCGUUACCAUGUCUACCGAAAACAGCCUAUGUCUUUUACCGCCUCCAACCAUCGCAUGUUGACAUUUGAUACCGACUACAUGCAUAUUGUACCAGGGGAAACAGGGAAGACCGGUUCCGAUGCCAAGACCCGCUCCAUCAAUUUCAACGAUGUGGUAGGAUGCAAGGUUAGUCGGCGUCACCCGAAGAGCUUUCGAGUUGUUGUGCUUCGCGGAAACGAGGCUAGCGAGCAGAAACGGUACGACUUCGAAGCUCGAAACCCAUCGGAAGCCAUCGAGAUUGUGGACGAAAUCAAGAAGAACAUGGCGCAUUACCGGAUAUAA